GUGUCUUGACCCUCCACUGCUUCUCCGUAGACAGUACUUAUGUGACAGAUUCUUCUUCAAAAUUGCCCAAAAUUCUUCCCAUCCUCUAAUUUCUUGUCUCACACAACUAUCUAAUCUUAUUUGCUCUUCCAGGUAUUGGUCUCAUAAACAAUCUCCAUGUCUGUAUAAUAGUUUUAAAAAAUUUAAUGAAGGUCCAAAAAUGUUCCAAUCUUCCUCCAACCCCAUGUUUGGUUUUGAUUAUGAGGCUUUAAUCUUUCAACCUCAAAUCAUUCUGAACAUUGGUAUUGUCAAGGGAGACCCUGCUGCAAAUGUACAGUUUAAUAAAAUUGUAGAGGAUAAAUGGAAAGGGUGGCUUACAAUAUUCACCGAUGCUUCUAAGGAGUCUGAAGAAGAAUGUGUAGGCUCAGCAGUAUGGGUCCCUCAGUGGAAAUCCUAUUUAAGCAUUAAAUCCCCACCAAAAACUUCCGUAUUCACCGGUGAAGCAAUUGCGAUUUAUGAAGCAGUAGUCAUGGUUAAAUCUCAUCAGCUCAAUCGAACUGUUAUCUUUUCCGAUUCUCGUAGUUGCCUUGAGGACAUUAUGAAAUUUCCAUUCCGUUCAAAAGAAUUACUUCCAAUUAAUUUGAAAACUCGUGAAGCAUUAUACAAUUGUCAUGCACUAGGUAUUGAAGUGGUCCUUGUUUGGAUACCUGGGCACUCUGGGAUAAAAGGGAAUGAACAGGCGGAUUUAUGUGCCAAGUGGGCCAUUCGCUCCAGCGGUUACACAACCGAUCAUUUGGCCUAAACUUCUGGAGCUCCUGUACACUGAAAAUGUGUAUUUCCCAACCCUGACGCUGGCAAAAUUGUCCCUGUUGACAGAAGCCAUUUAGGAGAGAAAAAAAAAAA